GAUCUGAACCGUCGAAGCCUUACGGCGUCGUUCAAUUUCGCAGUGGAAGCUGAAACCCCACACUCUUGGUCUUCCUCUCAAUACAAAAAUGGAAGACGAAUCAGUGUUUAGGAGCCCAUCCACCUAAGGCUUUCGGACCACUCCUUUCAAUUUCGCCCAAGAUGCUGAACAAGAAUCACUGGGAUUUUCUGGAAGAAAUUGAAGCUCCUAUGUGGGUGGAUCUCGAAUCAGAAGUCAAUUCAAACAAGCAAGAUGGUGAUGAUGACUGGUUUUACACAAGCCACUUGUUCCACCAGUGUUCUUCUCGUGAGCUGAAGAUUGCAUUUUCUCAUGGGGAGGAGGGUACGGGGUUAAACUUUGACUUGCUUGGACCAUCUUCACCGAAGCUUCCAUCGUCUGUGUCUAGGUCUCGAGGCAAGCACUAUGUGAGCAAGAAAUGGAGAGGGGACAACCAGGUUAUUCCAAUAGAUAAGCGACACCCUGUCAAUGCUCUGAGCAGGACAUCUUCCUGCGUGACUUCAGAAUCCGGUAAUGACAUGAAAACCAAACCAAGUUAUGCACACCUCAAAGGAACUUCUCGUUCAAAGUCCAGUUGGGUUAGUAAAAGCAAUUCAAUUAGAAAUAGCAUACCAAGUUGUGCGGAUUCAACAUCUACUUUGACUUCUACGGAUAAGAAAGCAGAUGAAAGCAAUACAGCAAGCACAAUCACACAUGACAUUGAUCAGCAGCAACGGCAGAAUAUGGGAAAUUCAAGUAACCCUCUAAGCCAAGCAAGUGGGCUUUUGUCACUCAUAAAGACUGGUAUGAGGAAAAGCUGUGUUACAAGACAAGCAUCUAGAGUGGAGAUUACUGGUGACACAAGACAAUCAAGGGGACGUAACUCUUCAUCGGGCAAGUCUAGUGUUGGGUCAUCUUCAAAUCCUUGUUAUGAUGUCAGGAGCUCAACAUCUACAUCAACGCAAUACAAAGAAAGAACACCAGAUAACAGAAAUAUGACAAGAAUAAGUAUUGCAAGCAAGAACAAAGUAAAGUUUUCCAAGGCAUCCAAAACAUCAACGAAUAAGAUUGAGCAAGGGACUUCUAACUACAGAACGGGACCUAAUACCGGGAAGUCUACCUAUCAGCAAGCUGCAAAACUAAAGGUUCAAGUUCAGAAUCUCAGAAGGAAACCUUUGGGACCAGUUAGAGUUAACGAAAACAAGUUAAUUACUUCAACUGUAAAGUCCAAGGAGAAACCAGUAGUUGUUGGGUCUUGCAGAUUGGCUGCCUCGGGGAUAGAGAAUGCGAAAGGGCUGGCUACAUUUGAUAAAAAAGUGAAUAUUGUGAAAGGGAAAGCUGCUGGUAGCCGGACGCAGAAAUGCAAUAGCAAAGGUGUUGCUGCUGGAACCAUUGUUACUGGUCAGAAAGAGACAAGAAAUAACAUACUGCAAGGACAUGACAGAACCGGACUGGCUGGAAAGGAGAAUACUGGUGUCAAAAGCCGUUCGAUAGGUGUGAAGGAUAUUUCCCAGAGACCCCAUUUCAGAUGAGAGACAGGUGCAGCCUAAUGGAGCUGUUUGUAUAGUGUAACCCUAACUUUAGUUGUAAGC